GUGGGAUUGAGUAAACUGAUUUAAUAUUGUGAGUGCAAACUGGUUAUAGAGCAAUCUCAACCAUAUUUAACUAACACAUGGGUGCCGCACAACUUUUCGGUGAGUUGAUAAGAUAUGUACGUAUAAAGGUUCGUAGGAGGUAAACAGACAGGUGUUGCUUAAAACCUUAGCUAUAUAAAUUAACUUGCGACGUUGACUUGCAAUUCAUUAGCUAGCGCUCAAGUGGACCGUGCACAAGUUACAGCUUAGAAAGAUAACAGGAUUAAUUGAAUGUAAUAAGUUAAAAGGAGUGUAUCAGAGAGAAAUAAAUUUGAACGUAGUAGUUAAAUUCCAACUUUUGCAAUCGAAUAUUACUCAUACGCUAUGGUGCACUUUGGUGUAACAAAAACCGGUAGUUUAAUAAGUGGUGUUGUUGAAGACGAAUUAGAAAUGUCCUCAGCGGAGGAGGAUUACGAAACAUUGGAGCACAGCCAGGAGAAGAAUGUGAAAAGUGUUAGUGUCAAUGAGGACGUGAGUGAUAUUUUAGUUAAGGAAACUGAAGCUGGUGCAGUGGGCUCAUCUGCUCAUGUACACUUCGAAACGCAUGCAGAGGCUGAAGCUAGAAAUCAGUCAGAAAUGCAAGCUGAAAAAGCUAAAGAGUUGGAAGAGACUACACAAAUUAUUGAGGAAAUUAUUGAAGGCAUUUCGCUCAAUCACAGGCGCGGCACCAUUGUGCGCACCAUAUCGGCAAUUAUAAGCCAUCGGGAGCAAGAACAACGCAAUGCCGAGGAUGUACUCUUCGAUAUGUUUUACAAUGAGGAGACUGGACUCAUCUCGAUGGGCAAAUUUCUGGCCGCACUCAAGACGACCGGCAUCAGGCGCAGCGACCCACGCAUACGCGAACUGAUGGAGAACUUGAAGAAGGUGCACAAGCUGUCCAAUUAUGAAACCGGCUCGUCAGCUGAAACUCAGAACCUGAAUCGUGAAACCUUUAAAGCUGUCGUCGCGCAGAAUAUCGUCUUGAUUGCCAAGGCGUUCCGACAACAGUUCAUCAUACCGGAUUUCGUGAGCUUCGUCAAGGAUGUCGAGGAUAUCUAUUGGAAAUGCAAGACGAAUACCGAUGGUGCUGUUGCCAAUUACAUACCGCAAUUGGCGCGCUACAGCUCCGAUUCGUGGGGUGUGAGCAUCUGUACGAUCGAUGGUCAGCGUUUCUCUAUUGGCGAUGUGGAUAUACCGUUCACUUUGCAGAGUUGCAGCAAACCGUUGACGUACGCCAUUGCCUUGGAGAAGCUGGGACCGAAGGUGGUGCAUUCGUAUGUGGGCCAAGAGCCAAGUGGUCGCAAUUUCAAUGAAUUGGUGCUGGAUCAUAAUAACAAGCCGCACAACCCUAUGAUCAAUGCGGGCGCCAUACUGACCUGCUCAUUGCUGCAGGCUUUAAUUAAGCCAGAUAUGACAGCAGCUGAAAAGUUCGACUACACACUGCAGUGGUUCAAACGCUUGUCGGGUGGUGAAAAUAUUGGUUUCAAUAAUGCAGUGUUCCUGUCGGAACGCGAAGCUGCCGAUCGCAACUAUGCUUUGGGCUUUUAUAUGCGCGAGAAUAAAUGCUAUCCAAAGCGUACGAAUCUCAAGGAAGUGAUGGACUUUUAUUUCCAGUGCUGCUCGAUGGAGACGACCUGCGAGUCAAUGUCCGUGAUCGCCGCUACCCUCGCGAACGGUGGCAUCUGUCCUACCACCGAGGAGAAGGUACUACGUCCCGAAGUCGUACGAGAUGUGCUUUCCAUAAUGCAUUCGUGCGGCACUUAUGACUACUCCGGCCAAUUCGCCUUCAAAGUGGGUCUACCCGCUAAAUCUGGUGUCUCCGGCGGCAUGAUGUUAGUCAUACCGAAUGUCAUGGGCAUUUUUACAUGGUCACCGCCACUUGACAAGCUGGGAAAUAGUGUGCGUGGUGUNCAAUUUUGUGAAGAGUUAGUUAGCGUCUUCAAUUUCCAUCGCUACGAUAACCUGAAGCAUGCGUCGGAUAAGAAGGAUCCACGUAAACAUCGUUACGAGACUAAAGGACUGUCAAUUGUCAAUCUGCUAUUCUCGGCGGCCAGCGGUGAUGUGACAGCAUUACGGCGUCAUCGCCUCUCCGGCAUGGAUAUCACGUUGGCCGACUAUGAUGGCAGAACGGCGCUACAUUUAGCCGCCUCCGAAGGUCAUUUGGACUGUGUGAAAUUUUUAUUGGAGCACUGUCAGGUGCCACAUAAUCCAAAGGAUCGUUGGGGUAAUUUGCCCAUUGAUGAAGCGGAGAAUUUCGGUCAUCAUGCUAUAGUUGAUUACUUGAAAGAAUGGGCAGAAAAGGCUGAAGAGGCAGGGGUGCACAUACCAGAGGCGAUUGUUAAGAAUACCGACGCAGAUGAGGAAAUUAUUACUUCUAAUGAUAGCAUAAGUUCUGACUAUGAUCGCAGCGCCACAGCUAGUCCUAUACCCUCGGAUGCGGGCAGCAGCAGCAGCAGCGGUGUCGGUGACAGUACUAAACCCGGUCUCUAAAUUCGCUAUAUGCCGCACAGCAAGGCGCCUAACAUCAUUAAAUAUACACACAUUGAUACACACGCACAUCCAUGCAUCACAUAAUCUCAAGACAAUGAUGACUUAAACGAUUCCUGGAGAAUCUCCUUUAUUUCACCAUAUACCAAAAAAAAAAACAGAGUUUCUGAACACGAAGCAGCUCUUCCCUGCAACGAGCAUAAGAAGAUAUAAUUAUGUAUUCCUAUGUAGCUUUUUGCGACUUCUUUUCAUUUAUUUACAUGAAUACUUAUUUAUAGUUUAGUGCUCUAGCAGUAGUUUUAGGUAACAGGCAUCUCAUACCUACGAAAUUUGUUGUUUUAAAUACUUAAGCAGUUGCUGUGGCAUACUACAUUGCACCACUAUUGAUAUUGACACUUGAGUAUUUGCAUAAACACAAACAUACUUACCAUAUUUUAUGAUUUGCUUUAAUAGUUCAUUAUAAGCAUAUAAAUUGUGUUACUGAGUGAAAUACUGAGACAAAUUCGUGUGAUUUCACUCAUAUUAUUUUAGGCGCUUAAAAGAA